CGCCCGUUUGGAUUGUGCUUGUGGAGGGGCGAGGCAAGCAAGACGCCACGUGACCAUCACAACAGCGACACAGACCAAAGCACACCACCACCUUCUCUUCACCUCCAACGUCCUCGCAAUCCCUCCCUCCGACACAAUCUCCCCCCCCUCCACACACAUCCACUCAUGCACGCGUGGUUAACACUCGUGGUGGCUGUGGUGAGCUUGCAGUUGCUACAUUCAGUGGAACGCGGUGGUGUUGAUGCAGCAUCAUGCACGGAGCAAGGCGUGGUUGAUCAGACCACGUGCGGCAUGCAGUGUCCAGGCGCCAGCGAGCAGCAAGAUGGGUGCACCUGCAGCUACGCUGCCAACGCCAACAUGUGCAUUUGUGAGGAUGACGUCAGCAGCAGCACCGUGUUCGCGUGCAUGGAUGAGGAGACGACGAACAGCAAGAGCAAGGACGCUCGACCGCUUCCCUCCUCCUCCUCCUCCUCCUCCUCGUCAUCCUCCUCGUCCUCCGCGCCACCAGAGCCCAGUGACGACCCAAUGGUGUGGGUGGACGGUGACGGCGCCAUGUAUGUGAGUGGCCCCGGUGACAUCCACUUGGACAGCGGGAACGCCGCACACGGCGGACGCGAGGCUACUGUCUUCCUCGAUGGCGUCGAUGUGCUGGCGACGCUCGGCGACUUGCAUGCCCGAGUGAGUGUGUUGAAGAACCUCGCCGACUCACUAGCUGCUACGCCAGCGGCGCCGCCCGCAUGCAGCGGCAUCUCGCCGCUUACUCUUUACUGCAGCCGGGCCUUGUCAAGGCAGCUCGUUGUUCCUCCUGAGCAGGCUUACGGCGUGUGCGAGGUGCAGCACGUGGUCAACUGCUGCUGCAACGAAACGUUUGCGCUACGCCGUGUGAACGGAAACAUCACCUUCGACGCUGCAGAUGGUCCCGUGGUUGGCGAGAGGGUCGUGAACACGGAGGAGGUCCGGUUCAACGCGCUGACGCACAUUGCCGGGUCGCUCAUUGUGAGCGGCGUGCCCAACAUGCGCGUGCUUGACCUUGGCAGCGUGGAGCACGUGGGCGGUGAAGUGAUCAUCACCAACAACCCCGACCUCGAGACCCUCAGGUUCGGCGCCCUCCGUAUCGUUGCUUCCAACGUCAUCAUCAACGACAACAGCAACCUGACUACGCUACACGUGCCCAAACUCUCGCACGUGUAUGGCGACGUUGUUGUACACAGCAACGCGCAGCUGUCACACGUGGACCUGGGUUCACUGCAGUACAUCGGCGGAACACUGGAUCUGCAGAACGGCGCACCCUCCAACGCAAUCACCACGGCUGAUGGCGCCGGCUUGGGUGGCGGUGGCCGCGACGCUGAGAACAGUGUUGGACUGGCGAAGCUGACGGCGGCACAGCUGCAGCUGGUUGGCGGGGAUGUGGUUGUGGCAUAUCACCCCUUUCUCAACUCCACACGCCUUGGCGCGCUGUCGAGGGUUAUGGGCAAGGUGUCCAUCCACAACAACGGCAUGCUUGCAUCUGUUGACCUGGGCAGCCUCACUGCGAGUGGCGACCUGCAGCUCAACAGGAACCGCAUCACCGCGCUCAACCUCACCAGCCUUCUGACUGUGGCUGGCACGCUCAGUGCGGACGACAACCAUGUCCUCACUGUGUUUGCGGCGCCACAGCUGACGCUGGUGACAGGCAGCCUGCGCCUGGCCACCAACUCCAUCACCACCGUUUCGCUCCCGAACCUGAGCGUGGUGCGUAAUGAUCUCAUCCUCGACAACAACGACGUGCGGUAUCUCGACCUGCACUCCCUGUUUCGCGCCACAUCUGUCUCGUUGCUUGGCAGCACCAACUUGGCGCAGCUUGACUGCUCCUCCUUUGGGCAGGUCGACUGUAUUUCCGUGGAGAGCGGCGUGGACACCACCAGCACCGCGUGCCCGCCCCCUUGUUAGUAGGUUUGGGUGUGUGAGUGUGUGAAGGUGUUUGUGUGUGUGUGUGUGUGUGUG